AUGACACAGCAUGAACAUGUUCUCAUGGUGUGCUGGCCCGCCGUCGGUCAUGCUCGACCCAUGCUGGACUAUGCGGCCGCCCUUCUCAACAAGAACCCGGCGCUUACGAUCACAUUUGUUUGCAGCAAGAUGCAAAUUGCCCUCCUUCAGCGAUUAGCCAUCUCGGAACAUUUGAGCUCUGAGCGCUUCGGCAAGAGAUUGCGCCUGUUUGGAACAGGUGCUCAGGCUAAAGAAGUGCUUGAAGAGUUUAGCAAGCGGGAAUGUGCCAAAAACGCAUCAUCUUCCAAACCAACAAACGAUCCUUCGGAUGAUCGCCCAGAGCCCGAGGUUAUUCUCACGAUGCAAGCUGCAACGCUCGUUCGUGAGCAGUUCGCUCAAAUCUUCCCCACGAUCCUUGCCAAUCACGACCUUUUCGACAAGGAGGAUGGCAGUCUGCUGCUUCCAGCCUGCCUCGCUGGUAGUCCUAGCUCGAUCAUCGUCAACUGGAUGCUCCCAGGAAUGGUCGACAUCGUUCGCAAGCAUAGCGCUAGCCUCAAAAUGGUCACCUUUUUCGAUAACGCUUCAACCUUCGUCCUGCGUAUGUUGGGUCCCAGGUCGAUGGGUGGCUUUGGUAGUAUCGAAACGCUCUGGAACCAGUAUUGCAAUAGCAAUCCGGAGGUUGACCGCAGCAACGGUGUUCUCAAAGAAAAGCUGCUUGGAAGGAGGUGGGCUGGCGGAUUCAAGAUCCCAGGAAGCCGCAUGAGCACGAUCGAAGAGGCCGAGAAUGCCGCUCUCGCAAAGGAUUGGCUUCUCAGCUUGCCACUCACCCCUUCGCUCAUCGAGAUCCAGAAGCUAGUAGACGCAAGUCACACAAUCCUGAUCAACACUCACCUCGCUGUCGAACGACGAGAGUUGGAUUACCUCCGCCUUGUGCUUCCUUUCAAGACCAUUGGUAUCGUCGGCCCGGUCAUGUUCUCAGGCUUUGUCCAAAAAGGCGAGGAAAUUGCAGCAAAGCUUCUCAACGAGAAACACGAAGCAAGUAACGGUCAUUUUGUCCCCGACACCCCGCCCAGGACCCCUCCUUGGUCCCCAAAGAUGGAAGAGGACAAAGAGAUCGGAGAUAGCAAGGCUCAGAGUGCCAAUGACGUUUCCAGCUUCCUGGCCUCUUCCCCGGCUAGCUCGGUCGUGUACAUCUCUUUCGGUACCAUGUUCCGCCCUCAGCCUGCCCAGCUUGUCGAGAUGCUCGAGACGUUUGUCAGCGAGACGCGUCUGAACCCGGACUUCCGCUUGCUUUUCACUUUUGGCGGCAGCAAGGAUCUCGUGUCCUCUUGUCCUCCCGCGUUCUCUCCCCGAGUAUCGGCGCUCGAGACUCAACUGCUGGCGUCUGGAAAGGCAAUGCUCACGAACUGGGUAGAUCAGCAUCUUGUGUUGCAGCACCCGGCAGUCGGAUGGUUCCUCAGUCACGGAGGCUGGAAUAGCUGCCAAGAGGCCAUGCUUGCCGGUAAGCCGUUGCUUGUUUUACCCUUCUUUGGAGACCAGCUCUACAACGCCCACCUUCUCGAGAGUGCUUCGGUCGCAUUCCGAAUCAAGACGGGUGCCAAGAUGGACAUCGCAGAUUUCGUCAAAACCUUCGAGGAAGGAAUCGCCUGCUGCCGUCGUACAAGCGAGGUCGGUGCAAGGCUCACCCGCCAAGCAAAGCUGCUCAGGGAACGGUUGAGACAGGAGAGAGCACGCGGCGAAGUGCUUUUCCUCUAA